AUGCUGCGUCUGUUCGGGGGGAGUGGCCCAGCGGCCGCAGAGCAGAGUGCUGCGAUAUCGUUGGUCCGAACACAGCGAGGCCAGGAGCUAGAUACUCGGCUACGAAGGGCGAUUAUGGAUUGUGUGUGUGUUCAGAGCCGGCGGGAGUUGGAACAGGAGGUGGCGGAAACGAAGACCACUGUGUUUUACUGA